UGAGCACCAUUUGGUUUUAGUUGAAGAGCUCACAGCUUUUAUUCAUUCAUUCAUUCAUCCACCCAGUGGGGACAUUCCUUUCCAUACAAACCGAUCACCAUGCUGCGGGUGAGGUGUGUCAGAGGAGGAAGCAGGGGAGCUGAAGCUGUACAUUACAUUGGAUCUAUGCUGAGAAAAGGAUUUGUCGGGUGGGUGCAGCGAACUUUCCAAAGCACCCAGGCAGCUGCAGCAACCCAAAAACUCUGCUCUGCUGAUGACAAAAUCACCGAAACGGUGCCCGAAGAGUGUCCUGUUUGCUCUUACAACGAAUGGGACCCACUGGAGGAAGUCAUUGUGGGGAGACCAGAAAAUGCUAAUGUCCCCCAAUUUUCAGUGGAAGUUAAGGCAAACACAUAUGAAAAAUACUGGCCUUUUUACCAAAAGAAUGGAGGAAGUCCAUUCCCCAAGGAACACGUGAAAAAGGCUGUUGAAGAGAUUGAGGAAAUGUGCAAUAUUAUGAGACACGAAGGUGUCACUGUUCAAAGACCUGAAGUGAUAGACUGGUCAGUUCCUUACAAAACACCUGACUUUGAAUCUACAGGUCUAUAUGCUGCUAUGCCCAGAGACAUUUUGCUGGUUGUUGGUAAUGAAAUCAUUGAAGCCCCUAUGGCAUGGAGAUCCCGGUUCUUUGAAUACAGAGCUUAUCGACCUCUCAUCAAGGACUAUUUCCGCCGUGGGGCAAAAUGGACCACUGCACCUAAACCAACAAUGGCUGAUGAACUCUAUGACCAGGAUUAUCCUAUUCGUACUGUAGAAGACAGACAUAAACUGGCUGCUAUGGGGAAAUUUGUUACGACAGAAUUUGAGCCCUGUUUUGAUGCUGCUGACUUCAUGAGAGCUGGGAGAGAUAUAUUUGCACAGAGAAGCCAGGUUACAAACUACUUGGGAAUUGAAUGGAUGAGAAGGCAUCUGGCUCCAGAAUACAAAGUGCACAUCAUCUCAUUUAAGGACCCUAACCCAAUGCACAUUGAUGCCACCUUCAAUAUUAUUGGACCUGGCCUUGUCUUGUCCAACCCAGACCGUCCUUGUCAUCAGAUUGAACUGUUUAAGAAAGCUGGCUGGACUGUAGUUACUCCUCCAACUCCUCUUAUCCCAGAUGAUCAUCCUCUGUGGAUGUCCUCAAAAUGGCUCUCUAUGAAUGUCAUAAUGUUGGAUGAAAAACGUGUGAUGGUGGAUGCCAAUGAAACAUCAAUUCAGAAGAUGUUUGAGAAAUUAGGCAUCUCUACCGUCAAAGUGAGUAUUCGCCAUGCGAAUUCUUUAGGAGGAGGAUUCCAUUGCUGGACAUGUGAUAUUCGGCGACGUGGAACCCUGCAGUCCUAUUUCAGCUAAGCAAGCAUUAAAUCAGCCCUUCUAGAGCUGUAAUGCAUAAAACAAAGCUUUUAUGAAUCUUUGCAUCUUCUGCCUUUCAAUGUGGACAGGAUCUGCCUAACAUUGAAGGGUUUAAAUGAAAUCUUAAUUAUUUUACUCGCUAAAAUUAUGCUAAGACAAAACUAUAGCUGGUGUUUUUGCUAUUACUGAAUCGCAAAAGGUUUCUAUUCAGUGCUCAUAGUUCUAAAUGGAAUACUAAUCAUAUUAAGACAUGCAAAGACACUUCUGGACUGCAGGCGACUAAGGGAAUCCAUGCUCUCUCUCCGUCUACCUCUGUCUUAUCUCAAAAGGCAGCUUUGAAUGUUAUUCUUGUUAUUGUUUGUUUUACACAACAACUCUGUAUGCUGUGCACCACUUCUUCCACAGGGCAUUGGAAGUCCUCAAUGCACAGACCACUUAGUUGACCUGAUAACAAUCACUUGGCCGUUUGCACGGGUAGUUUAUUAUUUUUUUUAUUGUUAAGGCCUCUGGCUCAAAUUUUAUAUGCAAAAUAAAUAUAUUCCGCUCAUGCUAAAACCAUU